GGAUAAUAUAAAGCUGAUCACACAUUAGGUUUUACAUUGGAGGGGGGGGGGGGGGGGGGGGGGGGUUACGAGGUGUCACUAUUUCAGAGUUCCGUGUGAUUGCAAUCUCACAGGACAUAGCUAGAGUUUAAUUUGAGUUGUGUAUUUCUGCUGUUGCUAUCUUAACUCGGGUUACUUCCAGUUUAAUACUUGUAGACCAACUUAAUCGCAAAUCUUACUUAAAUAUUUGUUGCCUUAUACUAAAGAAACUACACAAUCUAUACAUAUUACACAGGAACUAGUUGCUCCGAAUUACACGUGAAUUGUCUCAAAGUUUUAAUUGUUACUAUAGAGCUCCUCUAACAUAACACCUAUUUACCACUUUUUGUGAAGGUCAUUGUCCCCCUUGUUGUUGUUGGCAUUUUUACACACGUCACAGUACCACUACAGCUAUAACACCGACCUGUUAGAUUGUAUUGUACACAGUUGGCAAGGUAUAACAAGGGGUUGCCAAGGUAACACAGUUGCCAAGGUAAACGAGUUCCUUAAUUAGUGUAACCUCGCAAUUUUAGCCCCUAAAAUUAUUUCAUGUCUUUUUCAUGUCUUUUGCUUAUGCUUUGGCAGUUUUAUUUGCUUUGUUUGCACCCUCUCUUUUUUGCGGCUAUAGGACGUUAAAUUGAACUUAUUUGCAUCAACUUGGCAUCAAAAGCAAAUUGGCACCCCCUCUGGCCUCUAGUAGUGCCAACUGUAAGGACGACUAAAACUUUGUGGUUAGUCGUCCUCCGAAUUGUCUUUACUGUUUAAUAAAAAUGUUAACUAUAUAGCCAUGGUUGUCCGAAGUAUUUAGUUAUUAUAACUAAAAGCUCUGCACUGAAGGUAUAUAGGCAGGAUGGUUAGUAACCUAAUGAAGAAGUAUGUGGGUUUAGUAGUACUGCUAAUUUGCGCAAUACUGGCUCUUAAAGAGAUUGCUCAGUUCGUCAGUCCCCCCUGCAUCAACUCUCUCAACUUCACUCUCACCUCUAUAAACACAGAGCGAUCCAGCCGGAGACAAGACCAUAUGAAGAUACCCUCAGAAGUUAUUAUAAAAUUAGACGGUAAAGCUAAACCGCAGCCGCUGAGCGCUGUUGCCAACCAAUACAGUGACACUUUCACAGGAAACAGGUUAAAGAUCUGGUUUGGUGGUCGCUGUAUUGAUGCAGAUGAUGACAAUAAAGAACUUACAGUUGCCCACUGCAAUCCUGACUGGGAACAAACCUUUAGUUUAACGGCGGAGGGUAAACUGAUUCACGACCCGUCGGGAAAGUGUGCCGCUCUCAAUAAAAAUAAACUUUAUUCACUAAAUUUAGUGGAUUGCGAAGAGGGUAUGAUAUUCAACCUGUUUAAUAACUCCUUCAUCCGAAGUGAGAUAGGUGGCAGGACAAUGUGCAUCUCUCCUACAGUCCAGACAGAUAUCCGCCAAUCUAAUAGAUUCACCUGUUUGAAUGUCCCUGUUGCUUUGACGCCGUGUCACGAAGAGGAUUCACGAAUAGAGCUUAUCGAGGAUUCAUUUUUCUUGUCGGAGAGAAAAACUUUCAAAGACACAGUCGCCCCGUCAACCGGGUCAUGCACUUUUAAAGCAUGCGGACUGAACCCCCCUGUCAAAGCAGUGGAGAUGUUAAAACCUCUCUUUACCAUCAGAUGUAAGAAAGUGUUUGAUUGUGUAACCGUGGUAACAAAGACAGCGAGAAGACCUUACCUUGUCAUGAGACUUGCUAAAUCUAUCAGGGACAAAAAAGGAUAUGAUCUAAGGAUAAUAGCAUAUGACGAUGGUCCUAACGACUACCCGAAAGAAGUUUGGGACGAUAUGAAGGAGUACCCCUUCCUUCAGUAUAUGAUAGGGGACAGUGAUGAUAUGGGCAUCUCGCUAGGCAGGAACUUGGCUCUCAAGAUGGUAAAAACUAAGUAUUUCCUCCUGGUGGAUGACGAUCAUGUUUUCAACGAUAAGUCUAAUCUUGACAAGAUGAUAGAGAUACUCGACACAACGGACGCUACCCUGGUCGGAGGCAAGUUUGAAGGGUUUAUGAAGUUUGCGGGAGCGCUGAGGUUCGGUAACUACCACGGGAGAGAAGAGUUUGCUAUUUUCAGCGGGCACUGUGACAGAAACCUCACCAAGUGGGGGUGCGAGCAGUGCGACUCCACCAGCAACAUCUUCAUGGCUAAAACUCAGCCUGUAUUAGAGAUAGGAGGCUGGAGCGAAGAGUUACUGAUAGCAGAACAUGCAGAUUUCUUCGUAAAAAUGAAAGCCGUGGGAAAUAAAAUAGUGUACUGUGACGAUAUAGAGGUUAUAAAUCAACAGGAGACUCCGGAGGAACGAUCCAAAAAUUAUCAAAAACUCAGGUACGAUAUGGGAAGAAAGAACAGGAUGUUCCGAUUAAUGAACGCUCGCUACAACGUUAACGGGCUGUUCUGGUGUUCAAAGUACGAAGUUGUAGAAGAAACUCAAGAACUUAAGUGUCUGGAAACAAAACACAAGAUUGGAUACUGCUAGGCUAUUUGACCAGAUACCCAAAGCCUGCCCACAUUUAUAUAUCACAAAUUGAGAGAUCAUUUUUGUGGGGCAGAAAACCGAUAUUAUCAUCAAUAUUAUCACCACUAUAGUCCGACACUUUGACUUCGAAUCCCAAAC